AUGGCGCACGCUGAAGGCGUGACAGAUAUACAACACAGCCCUUUUCAUUCUGAUUUGGUAGCCACCGUUGGGGCCGGUGGGGGUGUACAGAUAACAAAACUAUGUUUGAGUGAAACGUCCAUCACAGCAGAGGCUGCAUGGAGUGCUAGUGCCCACGACAAAAAGUGCUUGGGUGUUUCUUGGAACCCGGUUGCUGACCACGUGUUGGCGACCACGUCGAUGGACAAGACCAUAAAAAUAUGGGAUGUGGAUGAGGGCAAAAGCACGGCGCUGAAAAUUGAGACCGUCGCACCCUUGUGGAACAUGGACUUCCUCCAAAACGGGAAGCUGAUAUGCGGCAUGGGUCAGGAUAACGUGUGCAGACUGUUCGACGCACGUGCGCAAACCGUCGCCGCGCAGUCGGGUCCGAUAUACAAGUCCACGAAGCCAUGCCAGUGCAUCGCACUCCCGGCGGUCAACGACGUGGACGCGUCAGUGGUCGUGACGGUGGGCUUCGAAGAUAUGGGAAAGCGGUACAUGAAAAUUUUUGACGUGCGAGACCUUGCCGCUCCCAUCGUGACCACCAAGUUCCCCGGAGCCGCUGCUAACACCCAGUUUCAUUGGGUCCCUCGAAACAACCUUCUUUUUGUCACCAGCCGAGGCGAUGUCAAAGUCAGUGCUCUGUCCAUUGGAGGGAGCAGUGGCACGGAUGUGGCGCUCCUACCCGAGUACUCGUUCCCCAAACAAGCCGGAUACAUUGGCUUCAUGCCGGAGACUAGCUUGGAUGUGAUGCAUACGGAAGUCGCCCGCUGUUAUCGCACAGAAAUGGACACUCGCACCAUCCGACAAACCUCCUUCCAUUGCGGUAAAAUCGAUGAGGGAAAGUUCCAACCAGCAUACUACAAACCCUACACUUCUUACACUGACCCUAUCUCAGCUGACUACUGGUUCAACGGUGGAGACGCCGUGCCAAAGGCCGCGGAAUACCGUCCCAUUGUGGGCUCACAAGUUGCACUAGAACCAGCCAAACAAACUAAGCUGCUCAAGUGGGACGGCACUAAUAAGUCCAAGGAACCGCCUCUGGAACAGAGAGGAGACUCGAACGCGGGAGAAGACGCCAGCGACCCCGAACCCGUAUCCGUUAAGCCAUCCGAAGUCAUGCGACAGGAAUCGAUCAAAAAAGAGGCCCUGCAAAAGAAAGCAUCUCUGCGAAAGCAAGCUUCAGCGCAGCGAGAAACGCAACGGCAGGCUUCAGAACAGCAUCUAGAACACCAGGAGUCCGAAUGGACGAAUCCUGGGGCCGCUAGCCAGCUACUCCACGAUAUCCUCGAUCGAGAACAACAAGAGGAGUCCCCGGUUCAAACCCCAGCAGCGCCGCCGGUUCAGAAGAAGCCGUCGCUGCCAAGGCAAACGUCAAUGAAACAUCCUGCUUCCGCAGCUCCCCAACAACCGCAAAAGACUCAAAUCCAAGGCAUAUCCCCUCCCCACAUUGAACCGUUAUCACCUGACGCCUCUCCACCCCUACUGCCAGAAGCAGAACCAAAAGGUGCGGAAUUGGAACCCAUCAAACAAGGGCUAUCCGCAACACCCAGUGGACUCAAAGGACCGAGCACCUUCGCCACCAGCAUGGAACCCCCCACCGAGGAACAACAACAGCCUGACAGCGCAUCUCUCAUGGCAAAGUGCUACAAAUGCUUUGGUUGUUUCUGA